GAGCAGCCGGGGAUCGAACCGGUGCUGCAGAGGCCACAAGCAGCUUCACAACCCAGCGCUCAACCGCUGCACCAGUGGGGAGACCCUAUUUAAAAAUUUUUUUAAACAUUUAUUAAGAACUGAGACACAAACGCACAUUAGCCUCAACCUACACAGGGGCCUUACACUCCACAUCUCUCUACUGGAGGGUCUUCAGGGGCAUCAUUUGCAUGGAGCUGUCAUCUACUGUGAGAGCAGAGCCUUUCUCUGCUAUAUAUUCUAAGGUACACCUGCCCAAGACUCUUCUUAAGGAUGUGACACUGUCUUCAAAAAUAAGUCCAUGGUGGUUUUCUUGGUUUCUUUCUUGUUUUUGUUCCAUAUUUUCCUUGGAAGUAAAUAAUACACCAUUAACAUUAGUCCCUAUAAGCCCUUUCAGUAUUGGAGUCCAUGUUGUCGGACUUUUUAAGGAAUUUGCUGAGGUCUAUAAAAACUUCUCCUAAACCCUUCACUGUGCGUUUUCUUAGGGCUCUUUUUGUCCUGCACUUUCCUUUUCUCUUGACUCUUCCUCAACAAUGUGUGAAGUUCCUAUUCCAACAACCUUUCAUUAGUCAGUUCUUCAGGAAAGGCCUCUGGGAACUCAAUGUCAUUUUCAUUCACACCUUCAAGUUAAAGUAGCUUACUAUCUCAAUCACAUCCUUGCUGACUUUUGAAAUCUACUUAUCCUUGGCAAAUCCUCUGAAAUCAUAUAAACCUCUUGAGUGACUUUGUUCAGAUGCCACGUAUAGACUCCUUGGUAACAUCAUCCCAAGCCCCAGCAAGUUUAUUGAUGCUGCAAUCCUUCCAGAAAUAUAACAGUAGUCAGUUGCAACAGCAGUCUCUUAGUACUCCCAUUAUGUGUAUUUUAUACCUGCUCUCAGUUCCCAAAAGUUCUUGCAUUUUCUUUUUUUUUUUGACUUUGCAUUAGGCCCUGAUGCAAUUCUUUUGAAGACAGUGUUAGAACAGGAUAUUCUAGGCAUAUUUCAAAAUAGCUUUUCUGUUUCUUCAACUUUUUAGACACUGGUUUUCCCUGUGACCUCAGUUAUUUGCUGAUCAAAGAAUAGUUGUUCACUCUAAAUUUUUUUGCUUUUUUCUUACGAGUUUGGGAAUGGUUGCUUCUAAGUUCAUUAUGACAGACAAAUCUCUGACUCUGAUUUCUGAUGUUUAACUGCUGACAGCUUUGAAGCCUCACCACUCCUUUUGUGUGUGUGACCCACAUAUAUCCAAGGCAAUAAGAAAGCCUUAGUGUUUCUUCCUUUGUCACAGUGAUUCAGUCCACAUGAGCUCCUGCCCUUGUAUGUAUAUUCUCACUUUAGUUCACCUACACACUUAAUUUUUAAAGUAGUCCAUAUGUCUUUCCUUACUCUCAAUUUCAUGCCUGCUGGAGAAGUUUCCUAAGAAACCUCAAUUAUGAAGGAUUCAGUGACCUACAAGGAUGUGACUGUGAACUUCACCCUGGAGGAGUGGGCUUUACUGGAUUCUUCACAGAAGAAACUUUACAGAAAUGUGAUGCGGGAAACCUAUAGAAACCUGGCCUCAAUAGGAGAAAACUGGGAGGAUCAUAAUACUAAAGAUCAGUACAACAACCAGGGAAGAAGACUAAGAAGUCAUAUGAUAGAAAAACUCUGUGAAAGCAAGGAAGGUAGUCAAUGUGGAAAAACUGUCAGCCAGAUUCCAAAAUUUAAUCUGCAUAAGAAAACUUCUGGAGUAAAAUUGUGUGAAUGUACUAUGUGUGGAAAAGCCUUCAUGCAUCAUUCAUUCCUUAAUAGGCACAUCAGAUCUCACACUGGACACAAACCAUAUGAGUAUCAUGAAUAUGAAGAGAAACCAUAUAAAUGUAAGGAAUGUGGGAAAGCCUUCAGUUACCGAAAAUCUGUUCACAGACAUGAAAGAACUCACACUGGAGAAAAACCCUAUGAAUGUAAGGAAUGUGGAAAAGCCUUCACUUGGCUCACAACCUUUCGAAGACAUAUGAUAACACACACUGGAGAUGGACCUUAUAAGUGUAAAGAAUGUGGGAAAGCCUUUAGUUGUUCCACCUCAUUUCGAACACAUGAAAGAACUCACACUGGAGAGAAACCCUACGAAUGUAAACAGUGUGGUAAAUCUCUCAGGUCUCCUCUAGGCUUGCAGAUACAUGAAAGGAAUCACAAUGGAGAAAAACCUUAUGAAUGUAAGCAAUGUGGUAAAGCCCUCAGUUGUCCCAGUUCCUUUAGAAGACAUGAAAGGACACACAGUGCAGAGAAACAAUAUGAAUGUAAACAAUGUGAGAAAACCUUCAGUUCUCCUCUAGGUUUGCGAAUACAUGAAAGAAUUCACACUGGAGAGAAACCUUAUGAAUGUCAAGAGUGUGGGAAAGCCUUCAUUUCUCUUUCAAGUAUUCGAACACACAUGAUAACGCACACUGGAGAUGGACCUUAUAAGUGUAAGGAAUGUGGAAAAGCAUUCAUUUGUCCCAGUUCAUUUCGAUCACAUGAAAGAACUCACACUGGAGAGAAGCCAUAUGAAUGUAAACAGUGUGGUAAAACCUUCAGUUGGCCCAGUUCCUUUAAAAUACAUGAAAGAACUCAUACUGGAGAGAAACCCUAUGAAUGUACAGAAUGUGGGAAAACCUUCAUUUAUCGAACAACCUUUCAAGGACACGUGAGAAAGCAUACUGGGGAGAAACCCUAUAAAUGUAAAGAAUGUGGGAAAGCAUUUAUUUCUCCCUCAAGUGUUCGAACACACAUGAUAAUGCACACUGGAGAUGGUCCUUAUAAGUGUAAGGAAUGUGGGAAAGCAUUCAAUUUUCCCAGUUCAUUUCGAAUACAUGAAAGAACUCACACAGGAGAGAAGCCCUAUGAAUGUAAACAGUGUGGUAAAACCUUCAGUUGUUACACUUCCUUUCGAACACAUGAAAAAACACAUACUGGAGAAAAGCCCUAUGAAUGUAAGGAAUGUGGAAAAGCCUUCAUUUAUCGUACUACCUUUAGAGGACACAUGAGAAUGCACACUGGUGAGAAGCCAUAUAAAUGUAAAGAAUGUGGGAAAGCCUUCAGUCGUCCCAAUUCCUUUCGAAGGCAUGAAAAAUCUCAUACUGAACAGAAACCUUUUAAAUGAAAGCAGUGUGCAAACACCAUCAGUUGACCUUUCAGCCUUAGAUGUGAAAAUAUCCACUGGGAAGAAAUCCUAUAAAUACAGAAAGCCUGAGUCAAAUUAAUCCAGAUAUGGUGUUCCAGAAAAUUAUGAGAAUCACUAUAAAAAUUAUAAAUACAUUGUCUUUAUCAGUGCCUCAUUCUUAAUGUGGAUCUCUGGACUGUGAACAUUUACUACUUACUUUCAAGAGUGAACACUGAAGUGAGAUAAUUCUGUAAAUAUUCUUUAAGCAAACAUAAGAUUAAUAGAUAUUGGUUGCUUCUUAAAUCAGUAAAUUUUUCUCUUUCCAUUUUGGAGCCUGUUUGAUCCAUGAAUGGAUUGAAGUGUGUUUCUAAUAUGUAAGUAGGUUUAAUUUUUAUGUUUUAAUUCUUUUUGUAAAUAAGGGGCUAUUGAUAAAUGACAUCUGGGAUAUUGAGAUUUUCCUGCUAGCCUCCUGUUCCAGAAACUGGAUAUUCCAUUACCCAUUAAAUACAUUCUUUUUUCCUAAUAAUUAAGAUGGCAUAAAUUUGUAAAUAUACAAAGUUAUCAUAUAUAUAGAUUCAUGUAAAUUAUUUCCACCUUUUUUUCUUUUCUCUUUGUUAUUCCUUCUGGCUGGAAUUUGGAUAAUAAAUUUUGCACAAAGAUAGACUUGUCAUUGGACAAUAAAAUACAAAAUUGGAGAUGGAUUUCCUGAUUUUGUUUUGUCUACUGAGUAAUGUGACAUUUUCUAGAAUCUCCUUAUUUUAUGAUUCCAAUGGAGAUUUGGGAGGUAGGAAUACAGAAGUAAUCAAUCAAGGUUUGAAGGCACUAUACAGAGACAGAUAGAUGCACAGGAGCUUUUGGGUUCCUGCUUCUAGCCUAUUUUCGUGAUUCCUUGCCCUGCCAAUCAAGAGUACUCAAAACCACAAUCAACUGCUAGACUUUUUCUCAGAGAUGUAGAUUUCCAUACAUACCUUCACAAAUUCUACAUCAAAGAUUCAUCAUGAUUUGUAUUUUCCUACAAGCUUCCAUGCUUCCAUCAGGCAACUAAUUGGAAGUUCCAUGAUUUCAGUAUUCAAGUUUUGUGUUCUCUAGAUCAUAUUUAUAAGGUGUAGUUUGUGUAGUAAGCAUUUUCUUGUAAUACUAUUAGAGUGAUCAUUUGUUUCUGAUUCCACUGUGACAGCUACAAUGAUGCUACCUAAAAGAACUACAUUGGAGUUUGUUUCUCUACUGUACUUUGCAGCACCUGCUCUGAUCCACUCCUUCCAUGAGAGAAUAACACCUAUAUAUCAGGCAGAUUAUGGAUGUUUACCAUUGCUCAGAGCCGUGUGAUUCCUCAGAACUUUUUCAAUUAUUUUUUAUCAUGAUUAAAAAAUGCAUUUUUGUCUGUGGUUGUUUCUUUUAAGUAUUUCAUUAGCUGCUUUCAAAAAAAUUGUACAUUAACAAAUACUGUAUUCCUUAUUUACUAAGCACAUAGAUUAAAAUGUCCCACUGUAAUUAUGGGAUUUAUAAUUGUCACAUUAGUCAUUAUACAUUCUUACUCAAUGUUAGUUUGUAUGUAUAUGUUCAGGUGAUUUUUCUUGGGUGAAUUUUAUUUUUUAUUCCUUUUUAGUAAUAAUUCCUCAUUGAUUUGUCAGUACCAUCUUGCCAAAAACCACCAGAAUCAUACUUGCAGUCAACAAGAGUAAUGUCAUGAAUUAUAAAGAAUUAUCUCAAGUCCUAAAUGACUAUGGAGUUGUCAGUAGAAGAUGUUUAAAAGGGGCCU